AUGACCAAUCAGUACUACUUAAGCAAAGACCAAUGUCUUAAAACUGUAGCAGAAAAGGAAGCAAUGAGUGAAGUGCCCUAUUCUAGUGCUGUGAGAUCAGUUAUGUACCUAAUGGUCAGUACUAGACCUGAUUUAGCCUAUGCCAUUAGUGUACUCAAUAAGUACAUGGCAAACCCAGGUAAGCAACACUGGGAAGCAAUGAAAUGGUUGUUCAGAUACUUAGUGGGAUCUACAGAAGUUGGAUUAAACUACAAAAGAAGGGACAAGAGCAGAAUGAUCACUGGGUACAGUGAUGCAGACUAUGCAGGUGACAGAGAUAGUAGGAAAUCUACCUUUGCCUAUUUCUUUACACUUUGGGGGAAUUGCAUCAAUUGGAAGGUACAACUGCAGCCUGUGGUAGCAUUAUCUACAACAGAAUCUGAGUAUGUAGCUGUAACUGAAGCAAUUAAAGAAGCUAUUUGGCUUAAAGGACUACUAGAAGAACUAAAGCUACUUAAUGAAGAACCUAUUGUCUACUCUGAUAGCCAAAGUUGUAUCCACUUAUGCAAAAAUCCUGUCUUUCAUGACAGGACCAAACAUGUGGAAAUAAAGUAUCACUUUAUACGAGAUAAAGUGACAAAAGGAAUUGUUCAGAUAGAAAAGGUCCCAACAAAAGAGAACCCAUCUGAUAUUGGUACUAAGGUGCUACCCCUAACCAAGUUCAAGCACUGCAUGGACUUAUUAGGGGUUGGAAAUGGUGGAUGA